CGUCAAAGUCGAAAGUGAGUUACUCUGUUCUGUUGAAAUUUUCAAGCAAAGUGGGUACAUAGAUUUCAAAACACCCAAUUUAAUAAUUGAAAUAAAACACCCAGAAUUAUGUCGGCUGUUUUAAACAACGCCUUUAAAAGGUACUUGCAGACAUCAGCCAAGCGGGCUGCUCAGGUUACAGGACCGUCUGCUGUGUCCGGAGUUCACGAAGGUGGUUAUCAAGUAUGGAAAAAGCUCUUUUACUUUGUGGCUUGUCCUUCCAUAAUCCUGUGUGCGGUGAACUGCUAUUUAACCCAUAUGGAGCAUGCGGCUCAUCCACAUGAAAGAAAAUUUGUUAAAUAUGAAUAUAUGGCCGUACGCACAAAACCUUUCCCAUGGGGUGAUGGAAACCACUCCCUAUUCCACAAUCCAAAAGUCAAUGCUCUACCAACUGGCUAUGAAGAGUAGACAAGAGGAUUAAGCUUUUAUGGGUAGUUUAAUAAAUAUUGUUUUAAUUAUAUUAUUAUAAUGUAUCAGUAUCUUGGAAAAAAAAAAACAUUUUUUUGUUAGUGUAUAAAA